GGAAGAAGCUACGUGUGAAAUGAAAUGAUUCUAGCCUCUAAUUUCAUCAUCUCCUUUGAUUAGAUAAGCCUUCUUUCACAGUUCCGCUACGCCACUUCUCUCGCCGGCGGCACGGCCCACUCCGGCCACCGAUUCCCUUCAUCCGACUGCCGGCUCCAAGGAAGUUCCAUCCUUUGGUUUUCAAUUUUUAAGGUGUUCAGUACAUUCUUGAGUUUAGAAGAGUGCAGAAGAAAUGAUGUCUUUGCAGAAGUUUCAGACAAACCAUCAUUCAUGUUUUCCAUGUGCAUCCCAUCAGCUGGGAAUAUCUAGAAAUCUGCAUAGUCCUAAGCAUGCGUCGUUCAUUGUCAGAUCAGAGCAAAUCCCAUCGGCUUUAGCAUCUUCUUCCACAGGAAAGAUCAUAGUUUCCAUUCCUAUUACCUAACAAUCUUUAAUCUUAUAUGCUAACCUAAUCUAUCUUCUCACUUGUCUACAUUCCACUUGAGUUGUAAAUAACACAGAAUUUGAGCAACUGUUAAAUUCUUGUUGUUUGUGAUCUACAGAUCAACCUCAAAGGCGCCAACUACUUGCCUUAGGAGCAUUUAUUUGCCCCUUGUUGAUUUCUAUGCAAACUAAAACAUCUUUUGCUGCAGAAACUAAAACUAAGGGAUUUCUGUCUGUGACUGACAAUAAGGAUGGAUACUCUUUUCUCUAUCCCUUUGGGUGGCAGGAAGUAGUUGUUGAAGGACAAGACAAAGUUUUCAAAGAUGUUGUCGAACCACUAGAGAAUGUGAGUAUAAAUGUGAUCCCCACUACCAAACAAAAUAUUCGAGACUUUGGUUCCCCAGAACAGGUUGCUGAAACUUUGCUGAAGGAGGUUCUGGCUUCAUCUUCUCAGAAGACAAAACUCCUUGAGGUCACAGAGCGUGAUGCGGAGGGGAAAACAUACUAUGCAUUCGAGUUUAUUACGCAAGCUCCUAAUUUCACACGCCAUGCACUUGCUUCAGUUUGCAUUGGCAAUGGAAAGUUUUACACCUUGACAACGGGGGCGAAUGAGAGGAGAUGGCAGAAGAUGAAAGAUAGACUGCACACUGUGGUAAACUCCUUCCAAAUUUUCAAUGUCUGAUUCGUCUUGUUUCUUCAUCAUUGUUGUGCCCCCACCCCACCCCACCCCACCCCAAAUUUCAUAAGAAAUUACAUGACAUCAGAGGCAUUGUUCUAUUAUCAAUUUUACAUAUGAGCUUGGGAAUAUUUGUUCAGAGAACCCCAAAUCUCACAUGUUGUACAUGGAGUUAGAACCAACAAUUCUCUUCUCCAAUUAUAACAAUUGUUUUAUCUUAAUCUUGAUAUAUAAUCCCAACAAUAUGAUUCGUAGUUCAGUUGUAAUUUUUGUUGUACUUUAAGAAACCAAUUCAAGGUACCCUCUGUUGUGGGAUUCUAAUUCAUAACGCAAAUAGAAAAUUACAAAAGGGCAUCAAGUAAGGGCCGCACUGUUGCUCUACAGAAAGGGCAAGCCUUCUUCUUCGACAACCACUGCUUGAUGCAAUCUGGAUGAUACUCAUGUCCGCACUGAAGCGUCGCGACCGUCUCUUCAUCUUGGUACUCCAGCAGGCAAAUUGAGCACACUUCUGCUUCCUCCCCGUCGUCCUCAACCGGGCCCCAGUGUGUCCUCGUCUCAAAACAUUGUGACACGUCUUCAGCCUCGCCCGCCGCUAACUCUUCGUUUACGCGCAUUCGAGCCGUGCGCCUGAACGGAACUUCUUGGCGUGGCGGGCAGUAGCCAUCAACUGAAGAUGAAGAAGAGGAAGUAUUAGGCCUCGAGUAAGGCUGGUACCUCUCACUCCUUUGAUUUCUCAGCGACAUUUUUUCUUGGUCUGUGAGUUUUGUGAGAGAAGAUUGUGUGGAGAAAAUAGAAUGCCUUUAGUAGGGUCUAUAUAUAUAGUUUUUUUUCCUUUGGACAGUUACCUGAACUCGUUUCCUAAAGAUUAGGG